AUGACCGAUAACACGUCGCACGACUCCAUCGAACCAAUGGAGGUGGAUUCCGCGCCGCCUGCGGUAAUUUCUUCGCUUCUUUUGGUUUUUGGAUGAUUUCUAACUGGGGAAAUUGAUUUUAGGCCCAGGAAGAGCCGGAAAAGAUGGAUCACGAGGAAGGAACGUCGAAUUCCGAGGCCGCCGACUCGUUCGCUCGUUUCGAACGACUUCUCCAGAAGACUGAGAACUUUUCGCACUGUCUUUCGUCCGGAGACGCCAAGUGUAAGCGUUUUUCAUAAAUAUCAUUAUUUUUUUCAAAAAAAUCGAUAAAAACGAUUUUCAGUGGCUCAGGCGGUUCCGCAAGGCGUCAAGAAGCGCGGAAGACCGGCGAAGGCGAGCGGGAUCGAAGGAGAUCAUCGCCAUCGAAAAACUGAACAGGUAAUAUUGGAAAUUGGGGGAAAAUCUCGAAAUUUCGACGGAACUUGCAGGAAGAAGACGAGGAAAUGGUGGCGGACGCCGUCAAAUCCGACGAUUUGGUCAUCUUCGACAAAUCUCCGUUCUACAUUGAAAACGGAGAAAUGAGGUGAGUGAAAGGAUAAAUUUAGGCCCCGGAUGUACCGUUCUGCAGAGAUUAUCAAGUUCGCGGACUCAACUGGCUCGCCUCGCUACAGCACAACAAUAUAAACGGAAUUCUGGCCGAUGAAAUGGUAAACAUUGCAGAUUUGCGGAUUUUUGAUAACUUUUCAACUUUUCGCCAAUGUUCAGGGUCUCGGAAAGACGCUGCAAACGAUUUCGCUGCUCGGCUACAUGAAGCACUACAAAAAUCAGCCGUCGCCGCACCUCGUCAUCGUUCCGAAAUCGACCCUUCAGAAUUGGAUGAACGAGUUCAAAAAGUGGUGUCCGACACUGAACGCCGUCUGUUUGAUCGGAGACGAGGAGGCCAGAGUGAGUCCAAAUAAUGCGAAAUUUAAGGAAAAAAAAUUUGCUUCAGAAUACGGUGUUACGGGAUGUCAUUCUGCCGGGAGACUUUGACGUCUGCUGCACCACUUACGAAAUGAUGCUCAAAGCGAAAGGACAGCUCCGAAAACUCAGCUGGAGGUACAUUGUCAUCGACGAGGCGCAUCGCAUCAAGAACGAGAAAAGCAAGGUGAAAAUUCGCGAUGUUAGGUGGAAUUUCCACUAAUUUUCUCGCAAUUUCAGUUGUCCGAAUCGGUGCGCGAACUUCGCUCACAGAAUCGUCUGCUGAUCACGGGAACGCCGUUGCAGAACAAUCUGCACGAGCUGUGGGCCCUCCUCAACUUCCUCCUCCCCGACAUUUUCACCUCCUCCGAAGACUUUGACUCGUGGUUCUCAAGCGACGCGAUGAGCGGCAACACCGAUCUCAUACAGCGUUUGCAUCGGGUAAGUUCUCAGAGAUUUUCAGGAAAAACGAUUUUUAUAAUUUGGAACGAACAAAUGUUUGCAGGUGCUGCAACCGUUCCUCCUCCGCCGUAUCAAGUCGGACGUCGAAAAGUCGUUGUUGCCGAAGAAGGAGGUGAAAGUGUACGUGGGACUGUCGAAGAUGCAGCGCGAGUGGUACACGAAGGUGCUGAUGAAGGACAUCGACGUGAUCAACGGCGCGGGCAAAGUGGAGAAGGCGCGGCUGAUGAACAUUCUGAUGCAUCUGCGCAAGUGCGUCAACCAUCCGUACCUGUUCGACGGCGCCGAGCCCGGACCGCCCUACACCACCGACCAGCACCUCGUCGAAAAUUCCGGAAAGAUGGUGGUGCUGGACAAGCUGCUGGUGAAGCUGAAGGAACAGGGCUCGCGCGUGCUCAUCUUCUCGCAGUUCUCGCGAAUGCUCGACCUGCUCGAGGACUACUGUUGGUGGCGCCGCUACGAUUACUGUCGGUUGGACGGAUCCACGCCGCACGAGGACCGCACCGCCGCGAUAGACGCCUACAACGCGCCCGACUCGGAGAAGUUUGUGUUCAUGCUGACGACGCGUGCCGGAGGACUCGGAAUCAACCUGGCCACCGCCGACGUCGUCAUCAUCUACGAUUCGGACUGGAACCCGCAGUCGGACCUGCAGGCGAUGGACCGCGCGCACCGAAUUGGACAGAAGAAACAGGUGCGCGUGUUCCGCUUCAUCACGGAGAACACGGUCGACGAGCGGAUCAUCGAGAAGGCCGAGGCGAAACUCCGACUCGACAACAUCGUCAUUCAGCAGGGACGCAUGAUGGAGGCGCAGAAGACGCUCGGCAAAGACGACAUGAUCAAUAUGAUUCGACAUGGCGCCGAACAGGUACGGUUCGGCAUUCACGUGUUUAGUGGAAGCAAAAUAAGGCGCAGAAGUGCGAUGAGACACGUUUACACCUGAAAUUGUAGCUGAUAGAACUCUAAAGGCUUUAAGUGUAGGGUAAUUUAUAUUUAGCGAUUAUUAGAUAGUUUAAAAGCGAUUUAGCGAUUAAGGACACACUGAUUUUGACGAUUGAUAUUUUGCAUCGACUGUCGACUUCAAAAACCAUCGUUUUCGUAUAGGUGUUCGCUGCGAAAGACUCGACGAUCAGCGACGACGACAUCGACACGAUUCUAGAGAAGGCGGAGGUGAAGACGGCGGCGUUGAACGAGAAAAUGGGCAAGAUCGACGAGAACAAUCUGCGGAACAUGACGUUCGAGGACAGCAAAUUCACCGUCUACCAGUUUGAGGGCGAGAAUUACAAGGGAAAACAGGCGGACGGAAUGGGCCACUUCUGGAUUGAGCCGCCAAAGAGAGAACGAAAAGCCAACUAUCAGGUUGGGCGCGAAAUUUUAGGCCAAAGUAUUAUAACUUUCUGGUUUCAGGUGGAUUUGUACUACAAAGAAGCGAUGCGCAGCGGAAAUCCGUCGGAGAAACAGUCGAAGGCGCCGCGUCCGAAGCUGCCGCAAGUGUACGACUUCCAGUUCUAUCCGAGACGCCUUUUCGAGCUGCUCGACCGCGAAAUUUAUCAUUAUCGCAAGACGAUCGGAUAUGUGGUAAGCAAAUGCGAACUUUGGGCGAAAAUUGCGCUAAAUUUGAUCAGAGUUGA